AUGGCUACUCUUGAUCCUCGUUUGUUCUACGAGCAGGCACUCGUCGGAAAUGGGAUCACUCAUGCCUUUGGUGUCCCUGACUCUUGUUUGAAGGGAUUUCUAGCAUAUUUGUAUGCGACCAAAAAGUCUCCAGAACAGAUUGUCACAGCAAGUGAAGGCGCUGCUGUUGCGCUGGCUGCUGGCUACUAUCUGUCCACCCAGAAUCUUGCUGUUGCAUACAUGCAGAACUCGGGUCUUGCAAAUGCCUUGAACCCUUUGCAGUCUUUGGCCGCCAAAGAAGUGUUUGGGAUUCCCAUGCUACUGAUGGUCGGCUGGAGAGGACGACCAGGAGAGCAUGACGAGCCAGAACACCUCUUGGCAGGCCCUCGCACGCUGGAGACCUUGGAGUCACAAGGUUUUCCUUAUGAGAUUCUGCCAGACACUCUUGAAGAAACCAAGAAUGCCGUUGCAAGGCUCAUCAAAGCCGCCAAGGAGGGUCACACUCCAGUUGCUCUUGUCAUUCCCAACCACAGAUUCGCUGCAUACCAUCCUGAGCAGGCAGAGAGCAAUGGCAUUUGGCAGCCAACUGUUACCAACCUAGCCAAACAUACAGCUAGGCCUGAAGAUUGGCGUUCAUCUGAAGGUCAUCCCCCUCUGUCACGGGAACAUUCCAUUAGAAUCCUUCUCAAGAGGCUCUAUCCAUCAGAUGUUACCGUAUCUUCUGUUGGAGGUAAUUCUCGAGAGAUUUACAUGGUCCGAAAGGAGAACAAAGAGGAUCUGUCUCGUGCAUUCUUGUCCAUCGGAGCCAUGGGUCAUACAUACCCUCUCGCUUUUGGUGUUCAGAUUGGUCAUCACAGAGGCCGUGUCGUCUGCGUUGAAGGUGACGGUUCAUUCUUGAUGCACGUAGGCAAUGUGGCCGUCUUGGCUGCUCAAGCCUCGGACAAGUUGAUCCAUGUUGUGAUUCACAACGGUAUACAUUGUUCAACUGGAAACCAGCCUAUCCCAAUCAGCACCAACAACCUUCUUUCAUUAUGUGGAAGCUUGCCUUACAAGCAGAAGUUCUUUGUGGAUAGUGCUGAGGGCCUUAUUCAGGCCUUUGAGUGGGCUGAAAAGACUGCUCUGAUUGUUGUUGUUGUCAAUCAGGAUGUCUCGAAGGAUUUGCCUCGUCCUUCGGAACACCCAUUUGAGUUGCGCGAUGCAUUCAUCUCCCAUUUUACCAAGUAG